AUGGAGCCCCUGCUCUUCCCAUUCCUUCCCCUUCAGCUCGUAAUCUUGCCAGUCCUACCCCUCCAGCCCCUACCCUUUCCAUUCCUACCCUUCCAGCCCCCACUCUUUCCUUUCCUACCACUCCAGCCCCUACCCUUUCCAUUCCUACCCUUCCAGCCCCUACUCUUUCCUUUCCUACCACUCCAGCUCCUACUCUUCCCAUUCCUACCACUCCAGUCUCUACUCUUUCCUUUCGUACCACUCCAGCUCCUACUCUUCCCAUUCCUACCACUCCAGCUCCUACUCUUUCCAUUCCUACCCCUUCCAGUCUCUACUCUUUCCUUUCCUACCACUCCAGCUCCUACUCUUCCCAUUCCUACCACUCCAGCUCCUACUCUUUCCAUUCCUACCACUCCAGCUCCUACUCUUCCCAUUCCUACCACUCCAGCCCCUACUCUUUCCAUUCCUACCCCUCCAGUCUCUACUCUUUCCAUUCCUACCACUCCAGCUUCUACUCUUCCCAUUUCUACCACUCCAGCUCCUACUCUUCCAUUUCUACGACUCCAGCAUCCAACUCUUCCCAUACCUACCACUCCAGUUCCUACUCUUCCCAUUUCUACCACUCCAGCUCCUACUCUUCCCAUUUCUACCACUCCAGCCCCUUCUCUUUCCAUUCCUACCCCUCCAGUCUCUACUCUUUCCUUUCCUACCACUCCAGCUCCUACUCUUCCCAUUCCUACCACUCCAGCUCCUACUCUUUCCAUUCCUACCCCUCCAGUCUCUACUCUUUCCAUUCCUACCACUCCAGCUCCUACUCUUCCCAUUCCUACCACCCCAGCCCCUACUCUUUCCAUUCCUACCCCUCCAGUCUCUACUCUUUCCAUUCCUACCACUCCAGCUUCUACUCUUCCCAUUUCUACCACUCCAGCUCCUACUCUUCCCAUUUCUACCACUCCAGCUCCUACUCUUCCCAUUCCUACCACUCAAGUUCCUACUCUUCCCAUUUCUACCACUCCAGCUCCUACUCUUCCCAUUUCUACCACUCCAGCCCCUUCUCUUUCCAUUCCUACCCCUCCAGCCUCUACUCUUUCCUUUCCUACCAAUCCAGCUCCUACUCUUCCCAUUCCUACCACUCCAGCUCCUACUCUUCCCAUUCCUACCACUCCAGCUCCUACUCUUUCCAUUCCUACCCCUCCAGUCUCUACUCUUUCCAUUCCUACCACUCCAGCUUCUACUCUUCCCAUUCCUACCACUCCAGCUCCUACUCUUCCCAUUCCUACCACUCCAGCUCAUACUCUUCCCAUUCCUACUCCUCCAGCCUCUACUCUUCCCAUUCCUACCCCCCCAGCUCAUAAUCUUGCCAUCCCUGCUCCUGGAGGAAACAAGAGGAAGAAAAAUAAUGAUUGCUCUCACAGUAGCCAUGAAGUAUACAAGGGAGAUAUUUUGAAUGAACGAGUUAAAGAGGUUGGUCAGCCAUUACCUGAUAUGGAUAAAAACUAG